AUGUGUAAAAGAUCUGUAGAUCUAAUGGAUAAUGAAUUAUUGAAAUAUUUAAUAGAAUUUAAACAUAAAUCUAAAGAUGUUAAUAUUAAUAUUAAAUCUACAAUUAAAUUAUUCAAACUACGUGACGGUGUUAGUAGCGGAGGAGUAGAUAAGGUUCUACCUAUAGAAGGAAGAAUAGAAGGAGUAAAAGAAGAUACUGAAAAUACUGAAGAAGAUGAGGAACAUACUGAAGAAGAAGAUACUGAAGAAAAAAAUUUGGAAGAAAAUUUUCUAGAUAGAAAAUUAAAAAGAAUAAAAAAAUUAGAAAAAUUAGAGAAAAAUAUAGAGAAGAAAAAUAUAAAAAGAUUAGCAAUAAGUAAAAAUAAUAAAAGACAAAGUUUAACAAAUAAAAUUAAAUUAAGAAAUAAACCAAUAUUAAUGACAUUACAAAGUAAACGUAUAAAACAAAAAUUAAAUACAAAUUUUAAAAAAAUUAAUAAAAUUAAAAAAUACAUUAAAAAUAAUAAAUUACGAAGACAUUAUUAA